AUGAACCCCGAGUAUGAUUACCUGUUCAAGCUGCUUCUGAUUGGAGAUUCCGGUGUGGGGAAAUCCUGCCUCUUGCUACGGUUCGCCGAUGACACCUACACAGAGAGCUACAUCAGCACCAUCGGGGUAGACUUCAAGAUACGAACCAUUGAACUGGACGGCAAAACCAUUAAGCUGCAGAUUUGGGACACAGCUGGGCAGGAACGGUUCCGGACCAUCACGUCCAGCUACUACCGAGGGGCCCACGGCAUCAUCGUGGUUUACGACGUAACGGAUCAGGAAUCGUACAACAACGUCAAGCAGUGGCUGCAGGAGAUUGAGCGCUACGCCAGCGAGAACGUCAACAAGCUGCUCGUCGGCAACAAGUGCGACUUAACCACAAAGAAGGUGGUGGACUACACAACCGCCAAGGAGUUUGCCGACUCGCUCAGCAUCCCCUUCCUGGAGACGAGCGCCAAGAACGCCACCAACGUGGAGCAGUCCUUCAUGACGAUGGCGGCCGAGAUCAAGAAGCGGAUGGGCCCCGGGGCCACGGCCGGCGGGGACCGGCCCAACUUGAAAAUCGACAGCACUCCGGUGAAACAGGGAGGCGGUGGCUGUUGCUGA